AUGAGGAUAACAAGGAUACUCAAGCAGGAUAACAAGCUGAAAAACCUGUUAUAUUCGUCCAUAAAACCAAAGAGCAAUAAUUUGCUGGAUUUCUUUGACAAACCGUUGUCAGAGUUGACGACUAAGAGACCGAUAAAGGACUCAAUUCUAGGGCUCAGGGAAACUACCAAAGACAAGAUUGUCCCCUCUAAAGUCCUGAAAUUCAUUUGUUACGAUUCCAUGUUAGAUAAAUCUGAUUUUGAUCAUUUGAUUCCACAUUUCCACCACAGAAAAUUUGAUUUUGAUGACAGAGCUAUCAAAUUCGACGUCAUAAAAGGAAGACGUAGUUCAAAGUAUGGCCUUAAAAGCAAUGGAAAUUAUUACCUUAUUUUUCCUAGUAAAGAAUGGAGCACUGCUUUUUAUUUGGAAACUCUUGACAAACAAAUAGUUGGAAUGAACUUCAAACCGAAGUUCAUUGAUCCUGAAGGAGAUGUAGAGAACGGAUUGGCAGAGUUGAAAAGUCCCUCAUCCAAGUCUUCUUUUCAAGAUGAGGUGUUGCCAUUUUCCGAUCUUCCAUGGCUAAAAUCGCACUUAAAGGUUAGCGAUUAUAUAAAUUUACCAGAUCAACCUACCCAGCAGGAUACCAAUGACGUUUCAGAACUCCCUUCUCAUGAACCUUUAAAAAAUACAGUAACUAUACCUCCCAUUGAUAGAAGAAAUGUGGUUAUACUAAGAAACAUGAUACCUCAAAUGACUGCGAAAGAGUUGGGUGAAAAACUGAGAGACUAUUCUUUGUACAGAGUUCAAGAUAGAGCUGUUUGGGAGCUUGAAAAUAAACUGUUUAUUGUCAUUUUUGACAAUCCUGACGAUGCCCGGCUAGUUGUCAGAAGGUUCAACGGAAAGCAUUGGAAAGAUGAUCCCAAUUUACCGGUUGUGUUUGCAGAAGUAUUAGAGUAG